AUGGCCGCUCCGAGGCUUCCUUUCCUAUGGCCUAUGCUGUUUAAGCCUUCGACACGAGGGUGUGCCGUAGGACAACCAGAAUCCUCUUUUCAGUCUGCAAGUCGCCCGCGGAGAGGACGCCGACAGUUUACGACAACGCCCCGCUGGUCGGAGGGAAAAGCUACGCAACGUUAUGGAAAGGCACAGGACCCGGUCCAUCCGAUACGUGAUCUAGAGGCAACAAAGGAGUCUGAAAAGGAGGGCAAAGCGACAGUUGAGAAGAGCGCACAAGAGCAUGUUUCCGAACAGGUAGAGGAGAAUGCUCACGUACCAACCCCUACAACCACACCCACACCCUCGAAAGCCAGCGCAAUAGAAGAUACUCGACCACCGCAACUAGCGUCGAAUCCACCCAUGACUGGUGACCCCAAUCCACUUGAUAGCGUCCUCCACAUGCCCAGUCCCCAAGAUGAGGAACAAUACAAGCUUUCGCACCUCAAAACACCGCCCUACGUGCACCAUUUCGACACAUACGGCCUCGUGCGCGAGCUUGCGCGAAACUCGGCUUAUACCUCACCUCAAUCGAUAACAAUAAUGAAAGCCGUGCGACAGCUGCUGUUGGACAAUAUGACCCUCGCGCGCGAAGGCCUCGUCUCCAAGUCCAAUGUCGAAAACGAAACGUAUUUAUUCCGGGCUGCUUGCAGCGAGCUGAAGACGGAGAUCGGAAACACACGAAAAGGCGAGAAUGAGAGAAUGCGUACGGAGAGAAAUCAGCUACAGCAUGAGGUUGAUAUCCUGGGGCAGAGGUUAGGGCAGGAAACGGGUGGAUUGAGGGAUGAGUUGAAGGGCCUAUUUGAUGAUAGGAAGAUGGCUGUUAGGCAGGAGCAGAGGAGUAUGGAGACUAAGAUCCAGGAGUUAAACUACAAAAUCACAGUCGCCUUGAACUCCGACGCCCGGUCCGAAGUCGAAGGCCUACGCUGGGUGCUCACACGGCGCGCCGCGAUCACAGUCGGCGUUUCAGCUUUCAUGUUGUUUGUAGCACUACGGUAUACGAGCUAUAUACAGCACCAGCAACUGGAGGAAAGGAAGAAGGCGCCACCACAUCGGCCAUCCCCGAUGGAGGAUUUUAAUGAUUCUGCGCCGCGCCCGCCGACUGAUCCUAACAGUCCAACUGGCCAACAAGAGGCAUUGGGUGGGGAACUUUUGGCUACUGAGGGUGUGAGCCUAGGGUGAGUGUAUAUAACCUGAACAAAUACAUACAUCAUACACACGC